CUCCGUUCGGCAUCCCACAAAAGCGCCCCCGCCAUCACUGGACCUGCCACUUACACCAACCAACGGUGCAGAACGAUACAAAGCAUGUAGCAACCACCAACAAUGUCACCGACUAUAUCACCCACCGUCCCAACAACUCCUGCUCAGCCCACGCUCCCGUUCCAAGCAGCUUCGAGGUCAGCCGCCGAAUUGUCAACCGCAACCGCAGCAACCACGACAUCAUCCCCGCCCUCGAUCCUCGGCCUGGAUGCGCUCUUCAACAAUCCUGUUUUUGCGGGCGGCAUUGGCUUAGCCGGGCUCGGCGCAGCCGCCGCCUUCGGUCGGCGCGCGCUGAUCUCGGGCGCGGGCCUCCUCCGCCGUCAGCUCCUCGUUAACAUCGAGAUCAGCAAGCGGGACCCCUCCUACAACUGGGUCCUGGCUUGGCUCGCCCAACCGCGCGACAACCGCGGCUUUCUCGCGCAGCGUCUGACCCGUCUGCGGAACCUGUCCAUCACCACCAGCACCCGGUCGAUGAAUCCCAGAGGCGGCGGUGAUGACGGCGCGGGAAAGAUCCAUGCCGAUUUCAGGGUGCAGCCCGGAUUCGGGAGGCACAUCGUGCGCCAUGCGCCGGGGGUGUACAUCGCAGUGAACAGGGAGAAGGCCGGGACGGCGACGACAGCGACGGGCGAGCCGCACGAAACGCUCACGCUCACGCUGUUGUGGAUGCAUCGGCAUGUUCUGGCCGAUGUGUUCACACAGGCGCACGCGCUGGCGCAGAGCUUCCAGCAGGGCAAGACCGUGGUGUACACCGCCCGGAAAAUGGAGUGGGCCGUUCUCGGGAAGCCGAGGCUGAAACGACCGCUUGGGAGUGUGAUACUGGAUAAGGGGGUGAAGGAGAAGUUGGUCGAGGACGUGAAAGAAUUCUUGAAAGCGCAACAGUGGUAUACGGAUCGUGGAGUGCCCUACCGCAGGGGAUAUCUGCUCUAUGGUCCCCCCGGGACGGGUAAGACGUCGUUCAUCCAAGCCUUGGCCGGGGAGCUGGAUUACAGCGUUGCUAUGAUAAAUCUGAGCGAGAUCGGGAUGACGGACGACUUGCUGGCACAGUUGCUCACGCAACUACCUGAGAAGAGCAUCCUGCUGUUGGAAGAUGUCGAUGCGGCACUGGUGAACCGUCGUCAGCGGGAUCCGGAUGGUUACAGUGGGCGGACGGUGACAGCCUCGGGGUUGCUGAACGCCUUGGACGGACUGGCUGCUGGAGAGGAUAGGAUCACCUUCCUGACAACGAACCACAUUGACAGGCUGGAUCCGGCCCUGAUUCGGCCUGGGCGUGUCGACAUGAUGGUGCGCAUUGGCGAGGCCACGCGAUACCAGGCCGCUGAGAUGUGGGAUCGCUACUAUGGCGACAUUGACCAGGAUCACUCCAGCCGGGAGCGGUUUUUGAAGCGGCUUGAUGAGCUGGGCCUGUUCGGUAGCGACAACCGGGAACCGGGCGUGCCGAAAAGGCACACCUCUACUGCUGCCAUUCAGGGCCUCUUCCAGUUUAACAAGGGUGAUAUGGAGGGUGCAAUCAGGAUGGCGGAGGGCCUGAUCCCCCGGACAUUUGAGGCCGAACAGCCCUCCGCGGAGGGGACAAUAAGGACGCCGGCGUAAGGUAAUGGGGAAUGGGUCUUGUAGUACAACUAACUAACUGU